UCGAAUAUCUGAAAUCUUUCUAUUACAGUAUUUAUAUUGUUCCUCCUCUAAAAAUCCAUUCAAUAAAAACCAUCACAAUUCACACCGCAACCGCCAUGAACGCCUUCCAAACGCCUCCGCCUCCCGCGAUGCCAGGCUACCAUCACCUCCCUGGCACAGAAGACAUCGUAGGAUUCAGAUAUAGAAUCGGAUUCUCCAUCGGAGUGCUCCUCCUGAUCAUCACCACAAUCACCCUCAUCUCCUACUUCUGCAGACGUAGCCAUCUCUCUACUUCACCAUCACAAACCACUCCAGAUUGGACACGUGUGCAUCACCACUUCAUCAUCGACGGUCUUGACGAUGUCACUAUUCAGAGCUACCCGAAGAUCCUCUACUCAGAAGCGAAGGGAAACUCAACGUCGUCGUGUUGUCCAAUAUGCUUAGGAGACUACAAGGGGAAUGAUCUGCUGCGGCAACUCCCAGAUUGCAACCACUUCUUUCACCUCAAAUGUGUCGACAUGUGGCUUAAACUCAAUCCUACAUGUCCUGUCUGCCGUACUUCGCCGCUUCCUACUCCUCAACCCACUCCCCUCGCCGAGGUUGUCCACACAGCCUCCUCCGUGGCCACCACCAGGAUGCCCUAAUUAUUAUAUCCGGAGAAUCCUUACUCGAAGUCAAGCCUAACCUUCGAGAUAUUCCUCUUAACUUCCUUGUCAAGUAAUCUGUUUUGGUCACAAAUUGAUCGUUGUAUAUAUUAUUUGAAACCCAAAAUAUGUAAAAGGAAGGAAAAGCAAGAGUUAGGUUCACAAUUUUGUUGGAUAAAUUGCUUUGAUUUUUUCUUGGCAAGUUGAAUUCUACGUAGGUAGCGAG